AGUCGUGCUUUGUGUACACUCGAGUGUGUUUUUAAAAGAAGUUUAUUUAUGAAAAUUUCGAUGCGUUCUUUGCUUGACAGUCUGGAUCAGUUGUAUUGUCCCAAAAAUGUCGAAUGCCGUCGAAAUCCGAAAAAACAACGAAUAAGAAGGUGGUUCAGUGAGGAAAGCGAGAAAGAGAAACUUUACAAGAGUGGUUGGCGCCUCUCGAGAGCCCGAUUUUUCCCCUUUUCUCAGCGAAAAUGACGGCAAACAUCGCCGAAACCGCGUUAGCGAAAAAAUUGGACAAUUUAACCCUGAAGGAGUGGCUCCGCGAAGUUGGACCCGUGCGACGGAAGGAAAUUCUAAAAAAGUUAAAAGUCGAACUGGAGGGAUUGGGUUUACCAAAAUUACGUCGCGGACUGCGUCACGGUUUGAUCCAUUUGUUUUCGGAAUGUUCGGUAAUUGUUGAGAGGUUACCUUCAAAUUCUACACUUGGGUGUAACACAAAUUCUGAAGAAUCCUGCCAGAAUGAAAAAGCCACCUGCAACAAGAAUGACAGGAAAAAAGUAUCUGACGAAAUUGUGGACGUUUUGUCGGUUGAGGGGAAAGCAGGCUUUUCCAACUCUCAUCAGCUCUUUUCAAACGAUGAGUUUUUAAAUGAUAGGGUUUCGAUCAAUAGCGAUCCAGAAAAUUUGUCCACAAAUCAUCUGAAAACCCCUUUUAGUCAAAAUUCCACCCAACUUUCCCGUGAAAACUUGGAUGCUAACGAUGAUUCUUUUAAAACACCAUAUCUGCCUUCAACAAAAUACAACUCCCAAUCUCAAAAGACAAAACCCUGUCCCUUGUCCCGUAAAAAACCACUUGAAUCGAAUGUUCCCUCAAGUGCAAUGAGUAAAAGUACAACGAAAGAAUUUCCCUUUUCAGAGGAUGCUUCAACUUGUAAUAAUUCUCUGCUCGUGGCCGCCUCUGAAAAUAGAGUCUCUUCUCUAGAAAAAACGCAAAUAGUUGCGUUUGAAAGCAUGGUUGGUAAUAGGGAAUUUUUAAAUUGCGAGACACCAAAUAGUCCAAAGCGGCGCUACUCUGAUACUUUUUUAACUAUCUCAAACCGGAAAAAGAUCUCGCGAGACGAAAGAUCUUGUUCCACGGAAAUGCGAGUAAACGAAUCAAAAACAGCAAGUUCAUUGCCUGUGAAAAUUAAUCUCGGUGUCAUAAAGAGCCUCUCACGUUCGUGCGAUUCUCAACAAAAUUCGAAAUUUAUCCACCAACAUGAAGACAAUACGGAAACGGAAAGUGAAACGGAAUCGAGACUGAUGCCGGGUGGCUUGGAUCCUUCCGUUGAGACCCAAGAAUCCGUGAAUACAGUUCUAAAAGAGAGAAUAACAUUUAGCCAGAAAGAGAACGAGAGCUCUCGACGGAAAUCGGGUAAACUCGAGGAUGUUGAGUGUGUGAAGAAAAAGAAGAAGAAGCCCGUCAAGAGGAAAAAGAGUUUGAAAUUGGUAUUUCGCGAGCUUUUCGGCGAUGAGGAGGAGAGCGGAGUUCAGAAAAGUCUGAAUGCCGAAACGAAAAGAAGAAAAGUUGAUUCGCGCGACUCUUGUGAUUCGGGCGCUUACUGUAGCGAAGCAUCGCCGAUUUCGGUCACAGCAUACUCGAAAGAUGCUGAUCCCUCCGAGAUGUUUAGUCCCGACUCGACCGAAAAAGUGAAGGAAUCUCUGGAAUCUCCUCUGCAAUCGGAAAUUUGUCCCUCGGAGUCGAAAGAUGCGGAGAAAAGCGAGAAGAUUCCUCAACUAGGGAAUGACAAUGAGGGGGAAAAAGAAGGAGCCAAUGAUGAGAGAGUCUUGCCAGAUAGCAGCACUUCUAUUUCCGACGACGAGGUCACUCUUGUCGAGUGCAGAUCAAAAUCGCCGCCGGAAAAGACGACACUUCCUGAUGUCCCCUCCAAGGAAUUGGAGAGUCCUUCGAAGGAUUCAAGUGCUCCCGGUCCAUCUGAUGACACUCUUUCCAAAGCCGGAAUAGUCCGGGACAUCGAGAAAGAUUCAUACGUAUUCUCCUCGGACGACAUCAAUAUUUUAUUGAACAUACUCAGUGAGGCUCCGAAAAAUGCUGCAGAGAAACGACCAGAAGAAGGUCAAACUGAUAAAAAGGUCUCGAAGGAUUUGGUCGUUUCUGAAAGUACAAACGAGGAUUCUGAUGAUGUUGAAAUAGUUUUGGAGAAGGGGCCAUCUACAAUUAAAAAAGCUCAAAUUUCGGAUCUCGUCAAGAGGUUGUCCACGGAUAAUCAGAUCGAGAAGCCAAGCGAGGAACCUCGCAAAGUUUCUUUCCCGCGACUCAGAGUUAAAGCGCCGAGUGAACUUGGCUGUUCAGCUCCACUCUCACCGGUUCAGUCAACUCUUCCCAAUUCCCUGCCAGUGUGGACUCAACCUCUUGAAUUGCCGGCAAGUACCUCAUCAUCACCCAAUCCGACUGCAGUAUUAUCGCCGCAUCAUUAUUCGAAUUUUCCGCUAGUUAAUAGGUGUAAUGACCAGUUUUCCGCGACAACAAACCAAGUAGUCAAUGUCGCUUUAGCGGCAGCGCAAAGAUUAAUUUCCCUGAUUGAUCCGCUGACAAUACCCGAUGCGCCCCAACUGUCGCACUACUACAACAUGCUGAUCAGUCUUUUGGGCGAGAUUUCAAAUGACACUGUGUUCCUCCGGAAUUCGUACGUCAAUCGCACCUAUGGACUCUUGAGUCCCGAUUUAUUUGCCUAUAAUCUGUCGCUCAAUCGGAAAUUGCGCAACUUGAGCAAGUUCUUGCAUGUCGCAUUUGAAGAGAAUACGAUGCAGUUUAUCCUGGACAACUAUCAUGUGCUGACGACCCGACCGAUUCUAAAUAAAGACGAACUUUACUAUGUUAUGUCGUUGCAGUACUCGGAUCUUGAUGCGAAUCAGGAGCAUCCGGCUAAUCAGGGAUCGAAUAUUGCCGCCCGAAUCUCAACGGAUCCGCAAAGAAAAACAAAUACGAAGACAAAGAGUCAGAAACACAAGGGUGGGCUCACCAAUGAGCAGUUUAUUAUUCUCAAGACGCAGAUCAAGGCUUACAAUACCUUGGCGAAGAAGUUUAAGAAGUUGUUGCCAAGUUCACAUGUUGCAGAACAAAGCGCCGAUUUAUCGAGAGUCCAGCAAUUUGAGAGUUCUCAUCUAGAGCAGCAAGAAGCGAGAAUUGAGAGUCCAAGAAUUGCCCACUCAAUUCUAAAUCAGCAGCAGAGUCGAGUCGCGAGUCCGGGCAAUGUUCAACCAAGUGUUAAUACCGUCGUAUUUAGAAGAAGAUCGUCGCAAGGUGGCUCGCAAGUUGCGGAAAGAAUCGAGGACCGAAGUGGACUUGUGAUAACACCGGUUACAACUGCCGCGCCCGCUGUUUUUAAUCAAUCUUUAGCUUCUAAACCCAUUUCCGCGAAACCGGUUGCAAGAAACAAUGGUCUGACGCCGUUUCCGCGCGGUCUCUCGAUAACGGCAAUUCUAUCAACCGCGUCACCAGUGCCAUCUACUGUCUCAGUUUCAGCUGCCAAGAAUUCUUCUCCAAGUUUGACACAAACUGGAUGUACAAUAACUCCGAUCUCAAUUGCGCCUCGAGUCUCUACAAUUUCUCCUGCGAUUGUGGCUUCUACACCAUCAAUGAUUGCGGCCUCUACGCCUUCAAUGAUUGUGACUUCUACACCUCCAAUGAUUGUGGCUUCUACGCCUUCAACGAUUGUUUCAUUAGCCACGCCUUCGGUGAUUGUGUCUUCACCGAUCGUGUCUUCGCCGAUUUUAUCAUCGGCAGUUGCAGCGCCUUUGAGCUCAGUUCCGAUUCAUAGAUAUCCGCUGAUUACUUUGAAUGAGACUCCAGUCCCGAAACAGACCAAGCUUUUUAUGCGACUUAAUUCACCACUUCCGGCAACGAAUUCUGCUGCUCCUGUUUCUGUUGCUGCUGCUCCUGUUUCUGCAGCGAUUGUUUCUGCACCAAUCUCUUUGCCAAUUGUGGCUGUGACCAUUUUGUCGGCACCAAUUGUCUCUCCGGCGCCUUCAGUUCCUCUACAAGGACAUCCUGUUAUCUCGAAUCAAACCCGAGUUAUUGCGAGCAAUCCAGCCUACAAUUUUGGCAAUAAAUUCUCAGUGACGAACAUUUCUCCGAUACCAACGCCUACUAUUACAACCAGUCUGCAAACAAUUCCAGCUGCUAAGACAACUUCGAGUUCGACUGUUAAUCCAAGAACUUAUCCUGCUCCAAAAAGUAAGGCUCCAAGUUCAACUCUUGCUAAUCUUUUAAAGCAGACGAGCCUUAUCGCACCGCCAGAAAAUGUGAAAGAACUUGCAACUACAGCCAAGGAUUCUACAACUGUUGAAAACGAAUUUAGAUCGAUGCCGAGUUUGAGUCCGGAUCCUAGUCCAAAUUCAAAAAAUACUGACCCAGUUGAUGGAAGCUCAAAAAGUUGUUCGUCGAAAGCGAAUGAGGAUGAUGAGGAGGAUCUGCUUUGUUUUCGAUGCCAGAAAAAAAGCACGGUUGUCUGUGCAAGAUGUCAAAUUGCCAUCUACUGUUCCAAGGUGUGUCAGGAGAAGCACUGGGAAGAAAUUCACCAUGAAACUUGUCAAGAUUCGUUGUCAUCGUCCGUGGACAGUAGAAAAUCCACGGAAACCAAAGAUAACUAAGCGAUUGAUUUAGAAAAGCUAAGUUUAUUUUCAAAGUUUAUAUCUUGAAUAGUUGUUGUUGUAUUCUAGGGUUAUAUUUUUCUUCAGAAAAAUGCUAUUUUUCUAAAUGAAGACAGUACCAAUUAGAAGUGCA